CACUGCACACAAUGCAAAUUCUACAAGAAAGAUGGGUCUCUCCUCCGACUCCGAUCCCAAUAAAUACGAAUUCGAAACAAAUUUGUGUCAAUUAAGUGCGCGAUAAAUUUUAUUUGUUUUACAAAAAUAAAAAUAAACCCAACAAAAUAUUAAAAAUAAAACACAAUCAAGUGCACAUUAUCAUUAUUUGAUUAUAUUCUACCUCCAUCACGAGUUGAAAUGUGCCUUCGUCGAUAAAGAAUGGACGCCAAAUAAUUCCUCAAGACCAAAACAGGUCGCUCGCUGUCGCUGUACGCUCUACGCUGUGUAAUCCUUGUCCUCUUAUGAACAAGAUUUUUCGCUCUGGGACAACGACAACGACGAACGACAAGAACAGUGAAACGACGACCAUAAAAAUUUGUUUCUAGAUAUUUUUUAAAAACAAUUCGAAGAAAUUUGAAUGCAAAAUAUGGACCUUGCCAAAGCCUUAACUUUUUCAACAAUAAAAACAGAAGCACUCGCAACAAGUCCCAUUAAAACAGAGGAAAAGACCAAUUCCAUUGACACAUUAAAAACUUCAUCGUCGGGAAAAGUUAAAUCCAAUCUAGAUGAAAAAUUUAAACUCGAGAUCGCUCCAUUUGGUGAGUUACUUGGAUCCGUCACAACACACAAUUGCCCUGGCGUGCGAGCUAGCGCCAGAGUAAUACAAAAAAUGAAACAAGACUCAAUACGGCCAUCAACACCUCCACCAACUGAAAAGGAUUUAAAAGCGAAAGACGAUAAAGCCAUACAAAAGACACCAUCCCAACCGAAGCCACCUACCAAGGCCACCUGGACAAAUAUCGAAAGAAAUUACUUCUUCGAUGCUCUGAGUGAAUUCGGCAAGGAAUUCGAUGCCAUAGGCAACUACAUCAAUGCAAAGUUAAAGAGAAAAAGUGCCACCGAUGCGGCAUUCAAGACUAAAGAUCAAGUUCGUCAACAUUUCUAUCAGACAUUUCAUAAACUAUCGAGAUACAUUCGAUUUUCUGAUGAAGUGAAAAAACCUGUGCAAGAACUCUACACUUUGAUAAACUACGGAGAGAUGCGUCGAAAGCUGCCAUUCAUAACCGACAAGCACUUUAUGAAGCUUAAACAUCUCGUUUACUACGGACACAUUACAAUAAGAAGCAAGGGCAAGAAUAUCCGCAUCAAAACACCCACCUGCAAGGCUUUACGCAGACUUAAUCAACUCGAUGUAGUAGAUAGUCUUGAGGAUAUAAAGCUUCCUAAUAAGGUCGAAGUUAUCGUAAGUCCAGCUAAUAUGGAGUCUUUUGGAAGAGUGCAAAUCCUUGCCCAAAAUCCAAGGGCCAAAGCUACAGUUUCUCUGCAAAAGAAAUUGGUGAACUUCAUUAAGACUUUUCAACACAAAUGGCGUAGUAAUGAAAUGAAAUUGGCUGAAGAGGAACCCAAAUUGUUUCCAAGUAAUUCCACAAAUGAAUCGGAAACCGUAUCGACUUUCAAAGAGGAUUCGGACAUGUGUUUCAGACCAAAGCCGGGAGUGCCUAUUCAUCGACCACUUUUAAACAUCACCGAAUACAUCAGUAGUCAAAGUCUCUCCUUGUCCACCUAUGAAGAUCGCAUCGGGGUUAAAGUCCGAAGUGAAAGCCUGUGUCAGGAUCGUUUGAUGUCAAACAAACGUCUGCGAUGCGAUUCAAAUUCUGACAAACGAAGUCCUGAGAGCAAGAAAUUAAAAACAAAUGAUCACCUCACGGAAUCAGGCUUCUCUGUGAUUAAGGAAGAAUCUUCGGCGCAGCAGCAAGCAAACGAGAAUGAGAAUUCAAACAAUGACGGAAAUCUCAGUGAUGAGAUAAACGAAAUACUGAACUUCACAGAACUCAAGUGCGAUAAUAUCUCAGAAGUGGCUCCGGACAACGACAUCAAAGCGACUGAAGAAAGCCAUCAUCACAAUCCCCAGAUCGAAAAUGGGAAUUCACAACACAAUGAACACCUCAAGGACCAAUCUGCGUCGUCGGUUGCGAUCGAAUCGAAGGGCAAAGGCGCAAGAAAACGCCGAGGAGAACACAAGAAAAACGACACCAACUUCAAGCCAUUGAUCAGUGACGAUGUGAUCAAGAAAAUCCGCAAGGGUUGGACGACAUCGAAUGCUGAUGACAUAACAAUUGGAGAUUUGUAUGUUGUUUUUGGGCAGGACUCGAAGCUAGAGUUUGAGUAUUUCUGGACAAAUACUGGUACUCAAAAGAAGAACAUCUUCAAUCAGAAGCAGAAUGGAAUGCCCUAUAGCAUAAACGACUGUGAUGAGCCGCAGCUCAUCAACUCACUGACAAAGUCCACUUUGGGGAAUAAGCUGAAGCAUCUGCUGCUGAUAGCGAAUUUGAGUGAACGCGUUCGAAAGAAACAGUGUUCGUGUGGUCAUACGUGCGACAAGAUGCUGAAGCCUCGACUUGACCGCGAAAUAGUCACAAAAUCGUUUGUUUCAUCGAAAACAUUUCAGUUGUCAACCGUGGACUCAGGAGUAUUCCGUCAGCCAGUGGUGCCGUUACGGAGGCCAACCUAUAGUUUAGAUCCUAUAAAACAGUUGCCUAAUGGUUCCCGAUUGAAGAUGUCAAAGCAAGUCCUAGUGCAACGCAUGCUUCUGCCACAUAGAUCUGGUCAAGCGUAUGAUGUUGUUGAUGUGAAGAAUUUACAAAAUAAACUAGUUAAUAGAAAGGAAUCUGCUUCGACAACAAACGGAAUCUCGUCCACACCAACAGCGGCAUCUUCUGAUGCUUCGUCGCCAAUGACAUCGAUAACUUCUGAAGCUGAUGAUGAAGAACAACAAGUGGAAAUAGUGGAUUCGAAUGAUCAAGCCAACAGUAUUACUCCUGAAAGCGGCAUCGACACAUGCCCCGAUUCGCCGCCAUCAGCGAAUGAUCAAGCAACGAGCAAUGAGACGACUUUUUUGAAUGAUCAACCCUCUGAGAGCAUCGAGUUUGACGAAUGUUCAACAAGCAGUAUUUUUAAAGGAAUCCCCCCUUUGAGUCCAAUGCAAUUGCUUCGAGACUCCACAUCGAAUUCUCGCUGGCUAGAGGAGAAUCUUAAUGAUUUUUCUUUGAAUAGUUUGUUGGGACAUUUGGAUGAAAUCAAUGGAAAUCGUGAUAUAACUGAUCAAUCAUCAAACCUCUCGGUGUUAAGUGAAACCAGUGUCGAUUAUAUGACGAAAUUUGCUGAAAUCACUGCAUCAAUGCAGAAUGAGGAAAAAGACUUAUAAACUCACCCAUAAUAAUAUUAUCCGUUUUCAUACGAGUGCGAAAUCGGUUUCAAGAUUAAAAAACAAAACUUAAACUAAACAACUUUAAAAAACAAAAAAAAAAACGUAACAAAAAAUCACAUUAAAACUUCCCCCUGCCUCGUAUCGUAUCGUAUUUAUAUUUAUUUUUAUUUUAUUAUUUUGUUUAUUAUAUUAUACUCCUGUAUCUUUGUGAUUCUUUAUUUAAUAUGACGUUCUUUAAAUCUUCUGUAAGCAUGAACAAUAAAAAAAACAAAUACUAAACUUUAAAUAAAUAAUAAAAACAAAACUAAAAGUAGGUCUCAAAAAUGACGAUAAGUUAUAAAGAAGAAAAAACAUAAUAGAUUUAUAUACAUUUUCGAAAACGAAUACAAAUGUAGGUAUAGUUUAUUUGAACUUAAUAUACUGUUUUGUGAAUGUAAGGAAAUGAUUUUAAAAUUUGUUGUUCAUUAUUUCGUUUUGUCAUAAAUUUAUUUUUUCUUCUCGUUGUUUACAAUUAUAGAAAGUUUAACUUUUUGUUUUUGACAAAUUUCCUUAUAAAUUAUUUUAUUUUCAAAAAAAAACUAAAUAAAACAAAUAAAAGUUGAAACAAUUAAAUUCACAGAUGUAAGUUCAAAAUAUAUUGAUUAUUAUAUUAUUAAAUACAUGACCUUUUUAAAAAAAUA